AUGUCCACAAUCUCGGAUAUUAAGCUGGAGGACUACUGGAUUUCCCCACGACUAGGAUUCCUCUCCGACCAGCCAGUGCUGACUGAGUUACCUAACCCUUACUACCGAUGUUGGGAACAAAUGAUUUCUAGCGUCCUUCCAACGGAUGGCUGGGUGCUCAUCCGAAGGCAGAUAGACCAAAUGCCGCUUUUGUCCACCAAAAAGCUUCAUACGGAGCCCGAGUGGCGCAGGGCCUACACUCUCCUUACCACCCUCGCCCAAGUGUAUAUUUGGGGAGAGGCGAACCCAAGUGAUAAGCUCCCGCGAUCCGUUGCUGUACCGUUGAGGGAGGUAAGCGAACAUCUUCGCAUAAGCCCCUGCGCCUCUUUUGCUAGCUUUUGCUUGUGGAAUGUUGCGCCUGUACCUGGGGUCGUCCCAACGGACCCCGACGCAUAUGAUCCCGACAAUCUACACAUCAUCAAUUCGUUUACCGGGACAAAAGAUGAAGAGUGGUUUUUCGUCAUUUCCGCCUCUAUUGAAGCAACCGGGGGCAGAAUUAUAGCGAGAAUGCUGGAGGCGGUAGAAGCAGUCCACCAUGACCGCAUUCAUGUCGUGAACGAGUUCCUCAAUGAACUUGCUUCUUGCAUAGCUGAGAUCUGCCAUCUUCUCGAAAGAAUGUACGAGAAAUGCAACCCAUCCGUUUUUUGCCAUCGACUACGCCGGUUUUUCAGUGGCAGCAAGGCCAAAGAAGACGCUGGACUGCCGCGCGGAGUCUUCUAUGAGGGGACUGACGGAGGGGGUGAUUGGCUUCAGUAUUGCGGAGGAAGCAAUGCUCAAAGCUCCUUGAUUCAGUUGUUCGAUAUUAUCCUCGGUGUCAAACAGUCCGGCCCCGGGAUUAGAAGAGCAUGUACAUCCUUCCACCAGGAGAUGCGACAAUAUAUGCCUGGCCCCCAUCGAGAUUUCCUUGCCCAAAUGGAGAAGUUGUCGAAUGUUCGCUCCUAUGUCCUGAGUCACCCUCGGCAUUCGAACCUCCACAAUUCCUACGACCAAGCAGUAGCAGCACUUGCACUUCUGCGACAGAAACACAUGAUCGUUGCUUCACGAUUACCUCAUCCACUUGCUAUCAUGGCCUCCACGAUAUCAGGAUGA